GCGGAGGCUGGCUGAAAGCAGGGGGCGUUCCCUAGAGAUAAACGAUACUUGUGUCACGCAGCAUAAACUUCCGGCACUGGGUUGAAAAUGGCUAUUUGACCAUGAUUCUUUAGGGUGGAUGCAGAGUCGCGUCGCUCUAUCUGUAGACAUCUGUAUGCAAGUCUUAUACGCUUUGCAUUGGAAAAGAGAGUGGGAAAGCAGUUCGCUUUUGUACCGGAAGUGUCAAUGAGAACGGCACCCUUUUGCUUGGUAGCAGCGCCAGCAUGGUGGAAAAGAAGGUGUCAGCGCGGUCCCAGGACCCUAGCCAGCGGCGGAUCUUAGACCGAGCCACGCGGCAGCGGCGCCUCAACCGCCAGUUGGAGGCGCUGGAGAAUGACAACUUCCAGGAUGACCCUCACGCCAAUAUGCCCCAGCUCGUGAAGCGCCUGCCUCAGUUUGACGACGAUGCAGAAACAGGGAAGAAGAAGAAGAAAACCCGUGGAGACCACUUCAAGCUGAGAUUUCGGAAGAACUUCCAAGCUCUGUUGGAGGAACAGAACUUGAACGUGAGUGAAGGCCCCAAUUACCUGACAGCGUGCGCGCCCCCUUCCAACUUACCCCAGCGCCACUUCUGCACCGUCUGCGGCUUCCCGUCCAACUACACGUGUGUAUCCUGUGGAGCCCGCUACUGCUGUGUGAAGUGUUUGGGGACACACCAGGAAACUAGGUGUCUGAAGUGGACAGUUUGAGAUGAACCCUGAAGAUCUGCAGUUUAUCCUGAAGAUCUGUGAGUUGUAUGUGGAAUUCAUUCAAGACCUGUCUGUCAUCCUUGAAUGUGCUGGCUUCCUACAAGGAUUAAAUGCUGGGACCAGGUUCUUUGAGCUGAGCAGCAGUCACUUACCUUGUACCUACCUGCCACUAGUGUUUGGAUCAAUAAAAAUUGUUUUCUCUAUA